GCUUACAUUAACUUAUUAACAUUAAUUAAUAUUUACUUGAAAUGUUCGAAUAGUCAUACAAAUAUAAUUUCAUUGUUUUAUUAAAUAAAUCAGUUUAGUUCAAUAUGACUGAUCUGAGUAUGCUGGAGAACUUUUCAUUGUUGAUUCCAAGCAAAAAUUAUAAAUCUUGGAAAGGAUAUAUAUCGCUAAAUGCGUACAGUGUUUACAUAGAGAUAUCUUGCCCUAAUAUACCACUACUAGACAAUUUAAAAGUUCAAAUUCCAGAACUUGAUGCCUUCAACUUCCAUCAAUUUGAUUUGAAGGAAACAGUAGAAAUAAUUAAACAAAAAACUCAUUCAUUGCCAGAGUUUUUAAAGGAAUUAAUUCCAGUUUUGGUAAUAGUUUGGAAACAAGAUUCUUCUACAAACUUGUCAAAUUUGAGCUAUGUAUAUGCUGAUGAAAAGUUCCAUUCUGUGAUUGAGGAAGUCAAUUUAUAUGGUCAAUAUGUACAUAAAAUUGACGAAAACCUAAAACAUAUAACUUUUAAUGUUUUGGAUACGUGCAAACACAGCCAUUUUAUUAAAAUUUUUAUACCUGAUGAAUAUCCCAAGAUUAAAAAACAACCAUUAUGUUUUGAAACUAUGGUACCAUCAGUUAGCUUGAACUUGUUUUUGAAGAUGAACACAAUUUCAAACUUAUUUGAAGCGUUUAAGAAUGUUGUUAAUGAAUUAAAUAACUUUUGGAACGUGCACAACGAAAUUACUAGCACUUGUAAUACCAUAGGAUCAUAUACGUUUAAAGAUGUUAAUUAUAGAAUACCUAUUGAUAUUCAUGUAUGUGUUGAAGUUGAAGUUGAUCCAUUAAAUCCUUUGAACUGUCCAAAAUUUCAUCUCCAUGGUUGCCCGGCUUCUACAGAAAAGUUUCAAAAAAGAUUAAAUGAAAUCAAUCCAAUUUUGAUUUGGAGUACCGAAAACAGUUUUAGAGAAAAUAUUCUGAAUGUAUUUGAAGUUCCUACUCUUCAGUCACAAUAUGAAGAAGAAAAAUCAGAACAUUAUGUUGCAAGUCAAAAUGAUUUAAAUUGUUGCUGUAUAUGUUAUGAUCAAUUAGACAUAGCUAUAAAAAACCAAACCAAAUCAUGUGUUAAUACAAAAUGUGAUGCAUUGUAUCAUAUGUCAUGCAUUUGUGAGUGGUUUCUGAAUUCUGGUAGUACACCUAUGUUUGAACAUUUACAAGGAAAAUGUCCUCAAUGUGAAGAAGACAUGCUGGUAGCUCUGGAAAAUUUUGAUUUGAUUAAGACAUGAAUAUUUGCUACAUUAUAUGUGAAUUGAAAAUAUUCUAAGAAAAAAAUUAAAACAGUUUUACUAUCCAAAUUAUCAGCCAAAGAACAUGUUAAUGUGUCAUUACCAUUUAGCAAACCAAGCUACUUUAUUCAAUAAUGUAUAAGACGCGUUCAUUUUUAUGUAUAUUUUUUUUAUUUUUUUAUAUCUAUUAUAUUUAUUAAAAAUAAAUAGGGUAUUAUUUAAAAAAAAAACGUUUGUAAAAAUUAAUUCUGUAUAUUACUUCAAAGUUGUAUACUUGUUCCUUGUGAAACGGUUGCUAAAGACUUAUGGAUAAAAAUAUUUAAUGUACUAAAUAUUGUAUUUGACAUGUUAUUAAAGUCAUCUGAGCCAGUGCCUUUUUUUUACAAAACUCGCAUGCCUGUAGAAAACUUGAAUUUUGUUAAUUUUUUGUUGGUUUAAAAGAAGAAAACAUUCAGGAUUGAUCAAAGUUUGGUUUUCAAAAUUAUAACUAUAGGAGCUAAAAUAUGCAUU